AUGACACUUCGACUGUUCCACCUCCUCUUUUUCUCAACAUUCCUUGGCCUCUGCGCCGCGUUACUUGAAGUCAAACUGGGAAGAAGACAGGAAGGGCAACCCCAGCAUAACCAGCCCGUUUCCCCACCGCUGAGUGGGAGUGGAAAAGGUGAAGAUCCCAAUACGGGUGAAGUCAUCGGAUACUCGUUGUUGGGUCUGUUUGGCGUCGCACUCGUAAUCGGUAUCUUUGUUGGGCUUAGGCGGAGGAGAAGAGCGCGGGCGCGGGCUAAUGAGGAGUAUGAGAUGAGUAGGAGGAGGAGGAGAUAUUAUCGGUAG